AUGAAAGAUGUGGGAUAUCUCCCGACUAGAUUUAUAGUUCUUCCUCACCCUUCAUUUACUAUGAAAAGGCUUAUAGAAGCAGGAAAUAUUCUUGUUCCUGAAAUUAUCGCUUAUUAUAGUCAUAGUUAUAGUUUACCUUUUAUUAUAGUUUAUUGA